GACGCGCACGCGUACGGACGCCGAAUAAGAGAGAGAGAGAGAGAGAGCAGCGAAAGAAAGCAGGCGGCGAAAACAGGAAUCGGUGGGCAAAGGCAGCAACUACAACAGCAGCAACAGCAGCAGCAGCAGCAGCUGAAGCGGCUGAAGAAGAAGCCGAGCAGACGCCGAAUUAGAAAUGUUUACCAUUUAAGCGACGCCUAAUAGAAAUACUCUCACGUACUGCUCACUGGCUCUCCUCUCUCCGAACGCGAACGCUCUCCCGCGCUUUAAAGUGAAAGUUUUCCCCACAAAAGUGGCGAAGGUCCGUUAUCUUGGCCGCCGUUCGGGCCAAGGCGCAAUCAGACAGUCAGACACACGCGGAGCGUUCAGUCGACCGGACGCAUGGUCGCUGAUAUAAGAUAUACGAUACAAGAUAUAGAUACUCGCUUCCAGAUACUAUAUGUGGUGCAGUGUGUUAGUGUUUUGGUGCGAGCAACUGUAAAUUCGCAGCUGACCAAAGAAAGUGCGGUCGUCGCAAUUAAAUUGAAUCAAAUUGAAAUCGGAUCGGAUCGGAGCUAUUAACCACAGUUACAGUUACAACUUAAUUCGCGUUCGUUGCCUAAGUCAUUCGUUUUUAGCAGCGCGCGCGCUCCGUUACAACACUAUUUUCGCACUUACCUGCCCGACUUUUUUGGUGGCGAUUUCGAAACACGAAAACGCUGCCAGACGGUCUAGGCCAAGAACUCCCCGCAAGUGUCGUCCGGCCAGCAGCAAACAUGUUUAAGUGGGUUACGCCGGCCUCAACGGCGACGUUGUCCCGCUGCACAGAAACAACAAUAAUAACUAGAGCAACAGCAACGGCAACGAGAACAGCAACGACAACGACAACAACGAGGAGAACAACAAAACCACAACUACUUUCCAUCGCUUUAACAAGUUUAAUAAUAAUAGUCGCAUCAUUUGUGCCGACAACAAGUGGAUUUAGAUCAAUUGAAACGAAUGGCGCCAACGGUCGCAAGCUGUUUGGUGGCUACCGCAUCACCCCGAAGCACUGCAGGGCCACCAAAACGUUGCCCAGUUCGGAUCCGCGGGCCAAUGGACCCACCAUCUGCAUGUUCAACCAUGAGUGCGCCCAGCGGGGCGGCGAGGUUGUGGGCGCCUGCAUGGAUGGCUUCCUCUUCGGAGCCUGCUGCCAGAUUCCGCCCACCCACGAGUUGGCCAGCACGCUGAUCAACGAGGCCCAGAACGCCUAUUUCCAGCAGCACCAGCAGCAGACGAAGCUCCAGCAGGCAGCAGCCCAGUCCUCCUUCGAGAGCUACGGCGAGCAGCAGCAGCAACUGCUGAGUGAGGAGCAGGUGUCCCAGCAGCCGUCGCAGAGCAUCUACGAUCAGCAGAACCUGGACAAGGUGUACCAGCAGCUGGGCAGCAGCAGUAGCAUCAGUCCACCCAGCGGCGCCUAUGGAGAUGAGCCCCAGCAGCAGCAGGAGCAGCUAGAGGAUCAGCCGGAGUCGGAGGCACCCGCCUACUCCAGCAGCAGUGCUUCCACGGAGACUUCCACCCAGUCGCAAUCCUCCUCCUCCAGUGUGGAAUUCGAGCAGGAGCCUUCGCAGCAGGCCGACAUCUCCAGUGAUCAGACCACCCAGGAGAUCACCAAGCAACCCGUUCAACCCGUUCAACCACCCAUCCAACCACCCAUCCAACCACCCAACUUCCAUGUGCACAAGCAUUCCGUGACGAUCAACUCACCAUCGUCGCCGCCCCAGAACGAUGACUUUGUGAUGCAGGUGCUGAGCACAUUGCCGCCAGAACAUGCCGACGACCAUCACGUGGUCUUCACCACCGAGGUGCCCAUGAAGAUAGCCAGCGGUUUGCAGGAUCAAACGAGCUCCGAGUCCAACUCCUUCGAAGAGGUUUCCUCAACGCCAGCGGCCACCCAAAAACCCAAGACAAAGCCCACCCAGAAGAUGACUCAGAAGCCCACACAGAAACCCACUCCGAAGGCUACUCAGAGACCCAAGCCGAAACCCGUUCCCCAAUUGGCGGAGAGCAUGAAGCGACCCGUCCAGCAGGCGAAACCCAAGCCGAAUCCCAAGCCAGUCCAGACUGCUGCCAACAAUCAUCAUCAUAACCAUUUGAUCCUGGAUGGCGGAGAGUUCACGCACAGUGACAUCACCCACCCCGGAGCAGAUGCCGAUCUCGUGGAGGAUCUGCAGUUCUCAACAGGAUAUGGACCGCAGCCUGUGUACGCGGAACCACCAAAGCAGCAGCAGCAGCAGCAGCCGCAACAACAAGAGCAGAGCUACAUCUCCUCCAGCACAAGUGCCAAGCGUCCAACGACGGGUCAGAGUAGCCCCACCACUGUUUCAUCGAUCACCACCCAUGUGGACUCCAUCGAGUCGAUCAUCCUGCAGCUGAACAACACCAGUCAUGGGCCCAGCUACAAUGUGGUGAGCCAGCAGACUCCCUCCUACGGCUAUCCUGGCGUGGGAGCAGUCCACACUGAGCCAGCCACCCAGCCGCCCACUUUCUACAACGAGGACAACGAGGCCGAGAAGGUUCAGGAGCAGGACUCACAGUCGGACUAUGGCUACUCCACCACGGUAAACUACGAGCCAUCGUAUGACAAGGUUUCGAAUGAGCAGGAUGCGUCGGCAUCGGUCAGUCAGUCCGCUGAGAUGCCCACCGCUCGUCCUGGCUACGGAGAGGAUGUGUCCGCCGUUCUGGAGGAUCACACGCUGCCGGCCAAUGGCUACCACGAUGCUAUGGCUCCAGUUGCUCCGCAGACCUCCGAGUUCAACAAGAUGCCCGUGAUGGGCAUUGCCUAUCCCGUGGACAUGUCCUACAUGGAGGAGGAGGAGAAUUCGCCGGCCACCGCGGCUGGCUAUGGCCAGGCCAUAAGCAGUGACUCCUACGAGGCCAGCACCGAGUCCACCUACCAGAAGCUCUCCACCGUCCAAACGGAGGAGCCACAGCCAGUGCCCACCUACGUGCGUCCCACCACCAAUGCCAACAAGCAAAAUCGCCCGGUGGCCUCGUACAUUGGAAUGGUGACCAUGCAGCAGUACAGCCCACGUCCGCAGACCAGUGGAAAUGCUGACUAUCAGGCCCAAGUGCCCGCCGAAGUGUCCGUAUCCUCGCACACCACCAAAGUCCAGGAGCAGUACGACGAGACCUCCAAUGUCUACCAGCAAUCGGAGACCACCUCCGGCUAUGUAGCCCCACCAACUGCUGCUCCGCCGGCAGCACAGCGUCCUCAAUAUGACGCUGUGCCGGAAGAUGCAUCCUCGGAGCGACCCGUUUUGGUGACGGCCAGUCCGACCAGACCGCGCCCCAAACCCAUUACCAAGCGACCUGCCGUGAAGAGACCCAUCAGCGGGGAGAACACCAAGAAGAAGCCCCAGCCGCAGCCAAGUGCUGGUGCCUACAACCAGGACAAGAUCAGCGAGCACAGCAGCACGAGGAGGCCGGUGUCCAGUGGAUACGACAAUGUGCCCGAGUCCCCCAUCACGCACAUUCAGAUCAAGAAGCCAGCAGUUGAUCAUCACAAGGAGCAGGAGCAAACGGGCUACCCCAGGCCAGCCAGUGGAGUGUACGAACAGACCACCGCGGCAUCUGCUCCGCCAGCUGCUCUGCCAGCUGCUCUGCCAGCUGCUCCAUCGCUCAGCUACGACAAGCCAGAUGCCCCAGCCAGCCAGUAUGACCAGCCAUCGGCUCCAUCCGUCGGCUACGAUCAGUUGGCGCCGAUGCCAUCGCUCAACUACAACGAGGAGCACGUGGCCAGUUCGCCGGGUAGAAAGCCGUCGACGGGCAAGCCCGUGUCCACCAGCUAUGUGACCGGACCCAGUACCCCGCGACCACCGGCCACCGUUGACUAUCACUACGACAAUGUGCCGCCUCUGUUCAUGGCCGACGACAAGCUGGACGCCUUCAUCCAGAGCACGGCGGAGAACAUUGUGGGCUCCACGCCGGGUAACUAUCAGCCCCCGCUGGUGGCCACCGCCUCGACGCCCAUCUACGCCCACAGACCAACAGUCAGUGGGAGCUAUGGCCACAAGAAGCCCGGCUUCGUGCAGAUCAAUGGAACACCCAAGCCACCCAGACCCACGGUUCUCAUUACGCCCAAGCCCACGACCAUCAAUCUUCUUACCUACACCUCACUGAGUGACGACAGCAACAAGCUGGCCACCAGCACGGGAGCGUAUGUGACCGGCCGACCAGGAGCGCAGGGUGUGGGUUCCAACGAUUUUGAGGAUCCCGGCUACUUUGGCAGCAGCCCAGUGCAUGCGGCCUUCACCCAGUCCACCACAGAGGCCAUCUAUGCAGUGCCCUCCGACGACAAGCCGGCGUUCCCUGGCUACUUUGGGCCCACGCCCUCGUACCCCGCCUUCUCCGUUCCGGGCGAGAAAGUGGGUCAGAACGUGGUGGAGGAAACCUACACGUCACCCAAUGACUUUGUCAACUUCCCGCCGGUGAGGAACCCCAAUCUGAACAUGUCCGCCGCCGCCUCCAGUGCAGUGACCAGCGAUCUGGACCUCUCCACUCCCGCCUUCGUGGAGGAUGUGGUGCUGAAGGACAAGAUGCACACGCUGGUGCACAAGCUGGUGGCCUCGCUGCAGGGUAACUUCGAGGCCCUGGCCGACAUGAUCGAUGAGCCGGGUAGUAAUAAGACGGUGGUCACCUACCAGGCCGGAGCAGGAGGAGCUGGAGGAGCAGGAGGAGCAGCCAAGCCCGUGAAGGUAGCAACCACGCGCAAGCCCGUGAGGAUAGCCACCACAACCAAGCCAAAGGUCACCACCAAGAAGCCCGUGUCCCGGGUCACGACCAAGGCGCCCAACAAGAAGACCUCCGCCGUCAGCAGCACCACUCGCAAGCCCGUAACACGUCGCACCACCGUGGCUGCCAAGGUGACCACCACAACGCGGAAGCCAGCGACCAAGAAGCCAACCCGCCGGGUGAGCAGCACCGUGAAGACCACUACCGAGAGCUCGGCUCGUCCGGCGGACGAUGAGAUCGUGGACGAGGAGGACGAAGAGGACGUCAAUCCCAAUCCCAGCGACAACGAGAUCGACCAGGGCGCCACGCUCAGCUCUUACGGCGGAGCCAACGGACGGAAGAUUCAGUGCGGUGUGCGGCCCCAUGUCAAGUCCGGCCGCAUCGUCGGCGGCAAGGGCUCUACCUUCGGCGCCUUCCCCUGGCAGGUCCUCGUCCGGGAGUCCACCUGGCUGGGCCUGUUCACCAAGAACAAGUGCGGCGGCGUCCUAAUCACCAGUCGCUACGUCAUCACCGCCGCCCAUUGUCAGCCCGGCUUCCUAGCCUCGUUGGUAGCUGUUAUGGGUGAAUUCGACAUCUCCGGUGAUCUGGAGAGCAAGCGGUCUAUCACGAAGAAUGUGAAGCGUGUCAUCGUUCACCGGCAAUACGAUCCGGCCACGUUCGAAAACGAUCUGGCCCUGCUGGAAUUGGACAGUCCAGUGUCGUUUGAUACACAUAUUGUGCCCAUUUGCAUGCCUAACGACGUUGCGGACUUCACUGGACGCAUGGCCACCGUGACCGGCUGGGGACGCCUCAAGUAUGGCGGCGGAGUGCCAUCCGUUUUGCAGGAGGUUCAGGUGCCGAUUAUCGAGAACAGCGUUUGUCAGGAGAUGUUCCACACUGCUGGCCACAACAAGAAGAUUCUCAACUCCUUCCUGUGCGCCGGCUAUGCCAAUGGGCAAAAGGACUCUUGUGAGGGUGACAGUGGUGGUCCGCUGGUGUUGCAGCGCCCCGAUGGACGCUACGAGUUGGCCGGAACCGUGUCCCACGGCAUCAAAUGUGCGGCGCCGUACCUGCCCGGCGUCUAUAUGCGCACCACCUUCUACAAGCCCUGGCUGCGCAGCAUAACGGGCGUGAAAUAAGGUGGAGGCGACAUCGGCAUCCACAGCCUUCAUGGAAGCAGUGACCCCGAGGUGGCCAAGUAGCUGCUGGGGAAUGAGCAACAAGUGUAAAUAGAACGUAGAGUUUUAAGAGUCGUGGACAGAAGCGUGAGAAGAGUUGGCUUAACUUUUUUGAAACGUCGCAUUUUUCGAAUCCUGCCCCCCAAACCCUUCUCCUACCAUGCUACCAUCAUUUCAUUAGCUUAAUUGAAAAUCAACUGCAGCAACUUCAAGCGAAAUGCGCUGGGAAUUUCCGAAUUCUCAGAUUCUGAUAUUUUGUUUGAGCAGGCUGUAGGUUCCGUUUCUUUGAGUACGCGUGCCUAACACUUGUAGAGUCUGAAUGAGAAUUACGCUAAUUGCAAGCCGUAUGCUUAAGAAAUAUUUAUUCUAGUUCUAAGCCUAUUUAUUUGACUAUUUAUUUAUUUAUGUGGCGAAACGAAACGAUUUGUGCGUUUGAUUCAACUAAAAAAAUUGUUAUUUUCAUAGGCAAAUUGUUGUUAUGUUCAAAUGAAAGCGAGAGCAAAUGUUUUUAGUUCAAUUGAAUUUACUAAUUUAUCGAUUUAUUACAUUAAUUUUUUUAUCUAAUUACGUUUUAUGUUAAUUGUUAAGCGAACGAACAAAUCGAAAAGAGAUCGAAAUAAACGAAAUAAAUAUUAAUA